UGACGGAAAAUAAAUAGUGUACAGUCAGAAAAAUGCUUGAGGAAUACAAAUUUACCGAUAAUUUAUCCACUACAAAGAAAAAGAUGCCAAAAAGAUAUCCAACCAAAUUUAGAAGGAUUACGCAUCUACACAUGCAAGAGAAGGGCCUAUAUAAAAUCAAUAAUAUUGUGUCAUCUGAAGUGGAAGUUCUUUAUCUCUUUGGUAAUAAAAUUACUUGUAUCGAAAAUUUGGAGAACAUGCCAAACUUGGCAAGUUUAUAUUUGCAAAGAAACUACAUUGAGAAAAUUACUAAUUUGACAAAUUUAAAAAACCUAAAAAAUUUGUACCUAUCUCGUAAUUAUAUAAAUGUUUUGGAAGGAUUGGACGAUUUAAAAAAACUUGAAGAACUACAUAUUGAGAAACAAAACUUGGACCCUGAAGACUGUUUCUGUUUUGAUCCAAGAACUAUUUACAAGAUUUCGGGUACGCUGCGUGUACUAAAUUUAUCUGGAAACAGAAUCACAACCAUUAAAUACUUGGCACCUUUGGUCAAUUUAGAACACUUCGACAUUAGUGACAACGAGCUUGAGUGUCUACAAGAAUUAAGUGACAUAUUACCAGACUGGACGCAAUUGACCGUUGCAUCUUUCAAAGGGAAUCCUCUGACAAGAAUUCGCAGAUACAGAGAUACUGUGAUUGCCAAUUGUUACAAGUUGCAAACUUUGGACGAUAAGAAUAUAACUGAUGUUAGCCGUACAUUCAUUAAAAGGUUGGAAGAAGAGAAACUUUUUAAUAAAAGGUCCAGAAAGACCUUAGAUUUUUCCACCUUAAUCCCAGGUGUACCUAAUAAUUAUCCCCAUACUUUACACAAAGCAAUCUCCGCCUCAAUAUUGAAGAACAACUUCAACGAUUUAUCAUUUGAUGAAACUCCUACGCAAUACAUACCAUGGAAGCAAAUGCCUAAACCAUCUGCACCUAAACGAAAACCUAACAAAGUUAGGAACAACACCGUUGGAGGACACUUUAAUGGAAUUAAUAUAACCAACUACCCAUAAUAUUUUUUUUACCAUUGGACUGAUUCAAAGAGUCUGUCCAUCAUCUACAUGACUCCCGUUUCCAAACAGUGCCAUUAUAUCUUCUUAUACAUGCAGUAUUUUCAUUAUUUUCAUAUACACAAUUUUUGUAUAAAUCAAGUCGACUGGCUAAUUCAAAUGUUGUCUAACAUAUAUUUAAAAUAAACUAAUUGUAUCAACAGUG